UCAAAUGUCCGUAGUUAUUUCAUAAGCGAGAGACACCGCACACGUGGACUGCGGAGCUCCCUUGAUGAAUAGUUUGUACUAAACAGUCGUAGCACGUUAGAUAAUAAUCAAGUCCCUUUGGGUGCUAACGUUAGCCCCACUUUGCUAACCGUUAAAACGAGCAGUUGAGAGAUGAGCAUCGGCUCACGUUAGCGUUACUAGCGAUGUCUGGGGGGCGGAUGCCGAACUGUCCUUCCUCUGUGUCCAAAGGCUUCAGCUCCACCCCGGUCAAAACGGGCCAGGGGAAAGACUUCAACACGCCGAAGUGCUUGGACGACGGCGUCCUGACCGACGACGAAGACACAUUCUCUCUGCUUUCUCCCAUCUAUCACGACAGUUUUGACAGCGAUGAAGACCUGGAGCCCAGCCCAGCACGGCUGACUUCCCCCGGACGGAGCGAGCACUGCGGACCCAGCGCUUCACCAGCCAGCUGUGAGCUACCAAGAAGCCCUUCAGUGCAGCUGCCGAAUGCUUUGGAGCCCGCGCGGGGACCCUUUCUCAGUGCAUGGGAGAUGUGGCUGGUGAACAAAGCCAAAGAAGACCGUUCCAAACUGGAAAAACAAGCAGAUGAGGAGCAGUUAAGGAAGGAAAUAAAAGAACAACAAGAAAGGCAGCGGGAACAGAAAAAGAUAGUAAUGGAAAAGAAGAUCCAAGAGUGGCUACAGAUGAAAAUGAAACAGGAGAAACAGGAGCACCUCACAAAACUGAGCAAGGAGGAGGAAGAGAUACAAAGGCAGCUGGAGAAACGGAGGGAGACAGAACAGAAAGCUCAACAAAAGUACAAAGUCUGGCUGCAGAAGAAGAACCAAGAAAAAUUGGAGUUGGAGAAGAAGGAGAAAGAGGCGGCUGCCCUGAAGGAGGAGCAGGAGCGAGAGCGCCACAAGAGGGCAGAGGAGAAGUUUAAGGACUGGGUGGCAAAAGCCAACAAAAAAAGCGGAGCAACUCCCAAAUCACCUUGCUACCCAACAAGUCCCUACGACACAUCACACACAUCCCCCAGCUUCUACAAUCCAAUCCCCUGGAGGCCCAUUCACGUCCCUCCUCAGGAAAUCACACCAAAUAAGACUCCUGUCAAGAAACGUCAGAAACAACCAAAAUGCCAACAAAGCCCCAGCGCCGCUUCAAGGCAGAGGAACUGUGCCAGUGCAGCACAGAGAAGAUGACACAGCAGGCUGAGGUGACUCGUGCGGUGGCUUAGUUACGGAUCAAAUAGGAUGUCAUCACUUGUCACACACUCCAAUACAGCUCCUGAGACGAGACUCUGCUGAAUCACAGAAACAUUUCUGUUCCUUAAUAUGAAUGUGGCAGUUUAGCCACCAUAUCUUUAUUUGUUUACUACAGUGUUGUACACUGAGGUAAUGUUUUAAUACUGCAGUAACUCAAAUGUAUUUGUACAAAGUGAUGUAAGGAGAUCUGCAUUUUGGGGAAUUAAAAGAUUGUAAUUUGAUACCACUGUAAAGUGCAGCAUAAAUGUUGUUGUGGUCAGAGAUCCAAAAUCCUGGAGUUUUAGUUUUAUCUUGUGCAUUUUAUCAAUUUACUGUUUGCCUAAAAAAGAGACAUUAUCAAAGUUU